AUGAAACGGCUGGACCGCUUGUACAUCACCGUGGACCCGAACGACCAGGAGGCGGGAAUCAAAUUGUUCUGCCAAAAUGCAGCGAAGACGCUGCCCGGGUGGAACGAGGAAGACAAGCCGCUUCCGGGAUCGCAUCCCACGGCAAAGUUUGUCCUCGAGAAAGAUGCCGUCGAAGAGGAAAUUUGGGAAUACUAUGAGGAGCACAAGGCUGCCUACCCAGAUAUUCGCACGAAGGAGGGGCAGCGCCGUUUCGGAGAAGCAUCAGGCUUGAAAAGCGGCGCCGUUCGUCAUCAUGGCAUCAUAGCGCUCAGCUACAAUACAUACUACGAACAAAACGGCAAGCUGAACAUGCGUUUGAAGGUUCGCGUGCGCGGUAGCGCUUACCCGGCCCUAAUCAACGACCUCUGCAAGACCAUCAUGUAUCGCCGAUUGCGGGCCUGGGUGAAGGUGAAAAGCGACGUGGCCGUCAGCCUGAGCCGCCGUCUCCAUGAUCCAGAAGCGCGUACGGAUGGAUCGGCGCAGCGCUUCAUCCCCUUCGAGCACGUCUUUCAAGCAAUCCUCGCCUUCCGAAAGGGAAAGGGCAAAGAUGGGCAUGCCUAUUCUCACCUGAUCGCUCUGCUGUUCGUCUACAUGGCCUACCGAGCUCUGGAACAGACAAAUAACCUCGCCGGGAUGAGCGGCACGCUGAUGAUGUACCUCCAGGGUACUUAUGCUCUACAAGUCCUGUACACGCACUACAUUCACGGCGGACAUGUCGGAAAUCUGGGCUGCUGGCUGACGUGCGGCCACCUCUACGAGUACACCUACCACGGUACGCUCGUCGCCACCGCUAUCGCCUCCUUCGCCGUCCUCUACACGAUCACCGCCAAGCGACGAUACAAUACGCACAGUGAU